GUACCCAGCUUAAAUAUUCUCCCCGAAAAAAGAAAUGUACACAAGUUUCCCCUGAUAAAUAAAAACAAAAAAGCCCCCCACAAAAAAAAAUAAAAAUAAAUAAAUAUAAAUAUAUACUCAUGUAAAAAUAUAUAUGAAGGAUUUCCUCUUUUCGAUUUUGUUUUCCGAGUCAGUGAUUCUUUUAGCGAUUUUUUUUUUCUUUAUAUUCAGUAUUCCUCGUAAAUUUUCACUGUUAUUCACUCUUAUUCAGUUUUACAUUGUCGAAAAAAAAACGCGUCAGGCUUUUCACGUAUGUUUACUUUAUUUGUGUGUGUGAUUUGUUAUUAUUGUUCUCAGAAGUAUUCAUUAAUGUCCGCCAUGUUUGUAGACAGGUGUGUGCGAGUCAGGUGUAGGAGGAGUGAAUACUGUACACCUGCCCCCACCUGUGACUUGAAGCGCAGGUGUGUUCAUUCUGUGUAUUCAUUCUGCUGCAGGGAAUUACACACACGAGCAUUUCUCCUUGAACAUAUCGCCCCUCAAUAAACUCGUGAUGAACUAACCAAACCUAACUCUGCUGUGUCGUGCUUCUAUCGCCCGUAUCUUGAAACACUUCUGCGCCGCAUCUCCACUACAUUGAAAAGGCUCAUAGUUGAAGUGAUGCUGGUUUUAAGGAUGCUUUUACGGUUCUUGUGGCAGAUUAACUAGAUCUCUACAUUAUUAACAGGUGAGACAGUCUCGAGAACCCGGCUAAUCAUCUCUGUGGCCUUUGAAAAUAGUCGUGGUGAGAGAGCAAAGCGUUUCUGAAUGCGGGUCUGUGCCACGAUUUUUGUGUUCCUAAUUAUUAUCUAAGAGGCCCUUCAUUUCUCCCUAAGUUUCUUCCUCCUUCCAUUUUUGUUGUCGCGUAUUCUUCCUUCCUUCGUGUUUCAUCUCUUGGUGUUCCUUGGGUGGUGACAGUUGCCUUGCGUAAUUCAACGUAACAUUAACUUAUCUAACCCAACUUGACCCAACAUUACCUUACCUAACCUUAUUUAAACUAACAUUACCAUACCUCACGUAACGCAACAUUACUUUACCUUACAUCACAAAACCUAACCUUAUCUUACCUUACCUAGCAACCAAACAUUACUUUAAGUAGCCAAAAAUAACGUUACCUUACCCCACCCUACAGUACCCUACUCGACCUCACCUCACCUCACCUUACCUUACUUUACCUAACCUAACCUAUCAUUACCUUAUUCAAGCUAACCUAAUCUAACCUACCUCACCUUACCUGAUCUAACCUAAUCUAAUCUUACCUUACCAAUUAUUACUUGACCUAAUUUAACCUAACCUUCAUGAUCACGGGAGAAAUCGUAUUAUGAGGGGAAAUAUUACAGGUGUGGAAUGACCGUGGGUACAAUUAACCUGCGUGGCACUUGCAAUAUAUAGCCUGAGAAUACUUGGAAAAGGGUACGAGUUUGCCAAAUCCGGGAACUCGGUUAUCCUGAAACAAUAAUAAUGAGAGGCUGGAGAGGAUGAGGUUAGAGGUGAGGUUAGUUAAGGAAACCAAGAGGUGCUGAACGUAAGUUAGUAAGAAAACAAGUGCUCGCUAUUAGGAGCUGGGAAUGGAAAGUCACCUGUUCUCGAUUAGAAAGGACCGUGUUCUGAAGCACCUCUGCCCGCACCUCCACUACAUUCAAAGGACUAUAAUUGAAGUUACACGGGCUUUUAAGGGUGUUUUUUUUUUUUAUAUGAUUCUAGUGACAUUGACAUUUCUAUAUUAAUAACACUAAAAACACUCGAGAACCCGGCCAGUCAUCUCUGUAACCCUUGAAAAUAGGCGGGGUGAGAGAGCAGAGCGUUUCAGAAUACAGGCCUAAGUUGUUUGGUUAUAGGAUCAGAUAUUGUGAUUAAAGAUGAGAGAGUGAAAGAAGGGAAUGGAAGACUGAAAGUGUACAUAGCCGAUGAUGAAAUGUGGAUGUCAGUCUUAGAUAUCGUAAUGAAAGAAUGAAAGUAAGAAAGAAAAUUAUGCGUGUAUAUUUAUAUUAAACCGGUGAUUAGUAAUUUAAGCUGAAAAAAAAAAUAUUAGGACGAUAAUUGGUAGUUAUAAACUAAAAAGUGAUAACUGUUAAGCUCGUUUGUGAACAGAAAUAAACAAAAAUUUGUGAAAAAGUAUUGCGUUUGUAGGAAAACAUAAAGGUUAUAUACGAGGUGGUGAUAAUUGUUAAGCUUGUUAGUGGAGGUUAUAACGAGAGGCAAACGAGAGAGUAUUGGUGAGAGUGGAAAGAUUGUUACUGUGUGUGUGUGUGUGUGUGUGUGUGUGUGAGGGAAUGACGAGUGCUUCAAGGGCAGCUAAUGGACGACGUGAGUCAGACCAAACUACAAAAAAUCAAAACAGGAGCCUUUGUACUGAAGUGAAGCCUGCAAAUGACGAGUGACCGCUUGUGUUCCAGGAAGACUUGGAGUGGAGAGUGACUCAAAUUUGGUGCAGGGGAUAUAAAGAAAACAGGGAGACGGUGGUGAUGACAGGCAUUAAUGAGUACUGACGCGUGUCCCUGAGGGCGCGUCACGUGGUUUUCAAAGCAACGAAGUAGGAUUUACCAAGCAUAUUAACGUGAGUAUCUUUGUGACGAGAAGUUACGUGUCUUGCUUCCCUUUCCCUCCUCCUUGCGUGUGUGUGUGUGUGUGUGUGCGUGUGUGUGUGUUGACGUUUGAUUCAUGUGUUUGUAUUGACUUUUACAAUGACUUUGUAUUAUGUAUUAUGAUUAUAAUACAUGAUAGAAUAUA